GUCAUUUCCUUGAAGAGGCAACGAACGACGUUUCGUUGCAACCAACCGCACGCGAUUUGUCACUGUCUCACGUCGCUGUGAAAGUAUUCAGAUUUUUUAGCGAAAAUGGGGUUUACUACACUUGAAGAACAAUCAUUUCUACGGGAUUAACAUUUUGUGUUCACUCAAAGAUAUAAUAUGUGAAUACUGGAUUAAAACUCGCUGGAAAUAAUGCGGAUAGGGAUCUAUAUUAGUGUCAGUGUCAUCUUGAUAUUAAUCCAGAAAUCCACCUCAGAGGCCGUGAGUCGGCCGUCUCCUCCUGUCAACGUGACCAUACAGUGCGACAACUAUGGAGUUGAAGUGCGAUGGGAAUAUCCCGAUCUCAGUCAGGACGUACACUUCUUGGUGGUGGUCAAAGAGUCAGUCAAUCCCAAUGAAAGGAAAAAUUACACCACAAGAAAUCUAAGUUUAAAUAUAUCCAGUCUGCUGUUUAAUUCAUCAUUCAAUACCUACUUCGUGAAUGUGACGGCCGUGCGGGGAAGGAAGAGAUCAGAUCCGAGCGACUCCGAUAGUUUCAGCUUCAAUAAAUAUGCCACCAGCAAAAUCAAGUGUUAUUUGGAUUUUCCUGAGGUUAAACUUUCUGCCCAAAACGGUAAAAUUCACAUCCAGUUCGUCAACCCUCUGCAUCUGUACCGAAACACACCGGCUCUGAGCAACAACACUGAUGAUCUGAAAUACACUGUUGAAACAGAAGAGGGUUCGACAGAAUCAACCUGUGAAAUGAAGACUGAAAGAUGCGAGGUGCUCAUUGGGUUUUCUGAGCUCAGAGAAGUUUACUACGUCAGUCUCACUGGACAAAUCGGACAAAGACCACUCAAUCCCAGAGCAUGCCAAUUCAAAGGAGACAUACGAAUCUAUCCUCCGUUCACCGUGUACCUGUAUCCCGUGCUGGGGGUCGCCCUAACGUUGCUCUUCAUAACCACCAUCUUGAUGCUGCUAGUGAAGAAAUUUUACUCAGAAAUUAAGAAGAAAUCUAUGGCUGCGUUCCCCAAUAUUUUGGUUUUCGAGCCAACACAAACACACCUGUUCGAACCGCUGAAACUUUACCAGGAGGCCGUGGCCAGUGAACUGCACAUCGAACCCAAAGAACAAACCACGUUACUAGAGAUUUGCAGCGAUGAGGAGCCGACCUCCGGUGACGAGGAUGUGGGCGGCCGUGACCUGGACAAUGCAAGCCCGUACAGGAAGAAUGCCCUCGAUGAAGACGAUACGGGCGACGAUUCGGGUGGAUACGACUGUCCACACGCACUCAGGCUGGAGAUGAGUCCUGGAGAUAUGGUGAACGCUUACGGGAUCUAGACUCCCUAAGGCAGCUCUAGACGUGAAGGAAAGUCCCAUGCAGACAGUAAAAGCACCGUCUCCGGGAAGUUCUGGGAAAAUCACACAGGUUAUGACUGUUCAUACAAAUACAAGCCCUCACAUGACAUCACGAAAUGGAAUUUUCCCGAGUUUUUCCGGUUCGUGGCUGAAUUGAAAAACGUGUUUGGCUUUUGUCUUCAUUGUAAUGGCACACCUGCUUUUAUAGGAAUCGAAACUCCUUUGCCAUUAGUUGCUACAGGCGUAUCUUCAGGACGGCCAGAAACAUUUCCUUUGGCAUUUGAACAAAGAUUUCCAAGAUUAGAAGUGCUCCUCAGGUCACGUGACUCUCGUCAGAACGAUCGCCAUGGCAGAGUAACUGAUGUAUUUUGUUUGUUUCUAUGGCAACACUCACUCACAACACAAAAGGACCCCUCAUUCAGCAGCUCUGUUGAGACUGACAGCAAAAUAAUACGUUAUUUAUUAUUUUUAUAUAUAUAUAUAUAUAUAUAUGAAAUACACCAGGUAUCAUGAGCUGUAAUAAAAUGGCACAUCAUAUGUACACAUACCGUUCAAAUGUUUGUGGUCAGUGUGUUUAUUCAGCAAGGAAACCUGAAAAAUCCUGAAAAAAACAAUUUUCCUCGCAAAUAUGAAGCAGCACAACUGUUUUCAUCAUUGAUAAUGUUUCUUCAGCAUCAAAUAAUCAUAUUAGAGUGAUUUCUAAAGGGUCAUGUGACACUGAAUACUGGAGUAAUGAUGAUGAAAAUUCAGGAACAAACUACAUUUUAACAUAUAAAAACUGUUAUUUCAAAUUAUAAUAAUAUUUCACAAUUUUACUGUAUUUUCGAUCAAAUUAAUGAAGCCUUGGUGAGCAGAAUAGACUUCUUUCAAAAAGAUUGUAAAAUCAAACCGACGGCAAACUUUUGGAUGGUUGUGUAUGCGCAAGUUAACUUCUGUUUUUGCAUGCCCGAGCUUCUAUAAAAUACUUCCAGCUUGCAAAUUACAAUUUCCAACAAAAAUGUGAACACACAACUCCAACAUUAAUCCGACUCUAAUCGGGAACAUUAGAGCAGACGGUCAUGUCAUGUAGCAGAUACGUUUAUUUCAGGUCAAAGUUGUUUAUUGUUCACUGUUGUGAAUGACGUUAUGCACAUAUCGUGAGAUUUUGAGAAGCCGUCCUGUCCAGCUUACAGGCAGCUGAUAGUUUGCAUUGAGUUCAAUAUUGUGUCACUGGUGAAAAUGAGAUUGAGUGUUUUUUAAUUAAAAGUGGGAUUGGUAUUUUA